CGCCGCAGCGAGGCGAGAGACAAAAGAAAAAGAGGCGCCUAAAGAGUGUCCCUAGCACACACCCACACACCCCCCUCCCCAUCUACGCUAACUGACUUUCGCUUUUCCCUUAUUUUUUUUUUAUUCUUGUUUCCGUGCUUUCGUUUACGCUGUCCAAUCCUCUGUACCGUACCAAAAGGCCGCUAACAAGACCACUCUAAACUGUAUUCCGUACUUCCUUUUCACUUUACUUUAUUUUUUUUUUUAAAUUUGUUACGGUCACUAGUGCCGGCUCUAACCCAACAGAGAGCACUACCACGACUACCACCUCGCCUAUUUCCCUCCAAUCCCGCCUAGUCCAGGUAUCGAACGCUAGGCCCCUAGAGGCAAAAAAAUUCUAGGCUUGUUCCCGGGUCCUGUCCCCCAGUGCAGGCGCGCUAACGAAAACCUAAACCCCAACUCUACGGGGCGAAAAUCCACCCUGCAGCAGGCGCUGUAAACCCAGGCAAGGCACCACUGCUGCUUCCGCUACUGCCACAGCGGCCUGGAGCACGUCCCCUGUUCCUUUUAGUACUGUCCCCAAAAAUUUCUCGACAACAAACCACACACUUCAACCACCAACACCCACGCACACGCCCCCUUCCCACGAUACCUGCUGCAGACUACUACCGAAACUGGGCUGUACUGGGCUGUACUGGGCUCUCGUGUUGGGUCUGCCUGUCAGACGCCAAGCCCAUGUCCUUCUCUUGGUUCCAUAAUAACUCUCUAAUUUAACAAAUUCCCUACGCGUAGCCAUGGCCACUACUAUGGCCGCCGCUGCUGCACCGGUUGCGACUGCUACCAACACGGCCACUGCCGCAGACUCUCCCACUACUUCUACCGUUGCUGCUACUGGACCUGCUGCUACUUCCCAUCCUGGCCUGAAGGCUGUAGCGGCUAUUCGUGCUGAUACCACCGCCCAAGGCCACCCUCAGCCUGCCGCUACCGCUGCCGUUGCCGCUCAAGAGAACCACCACCUUGACCGAGCCACGCCGGCCAACGUCAAUCCUGCACCUACGGCUACCGCUGUUGCUGCUGCUGGUACUGCUACUACUAUUACUGGUGCUGGUGCUGGUCCCGUUGCUGCUGCUCCUACUUCAGACUCUACCACAGCAUCUUCUUCUACAGCCACCCUCGACGACGACCCUCUUCUUCUUCCUUCUCCUUCUUCACACGCCGCCGCCGCUGCUGCAGACUCUUCGUCCUCUGCCCUCUCCAACCAGCCCGUGCCACCGCCGCUCGAGAACAACGACGACGUCCCCGCGGACCUCGCCUCUGCCUUGCAACAGACUACACAACACCACGACGACGAUCCCGCCAACGCUGAACAACAGGAUAUACAUCCCCAGCAGCAGCUGGCAAACGGCGAGGCUCGACCGUCCGAGACGGACAGCGACGACAUGGCUAGUCACCGGCCGACGCUGCCCUCUCCUCAUCCUACGGCAGCACAUCAUCCUCUGCGGCCGCCUGCCUACUCGUCCUCUCCUCUCCCGCCGCCGACACAUGCCUAUCACAACAGCCUCCCCAAUCCCCAGGCUCCCUAUGGCUCCUCCUCCUACUCGACGCCUCCCUCCACGGCGGCCGACCCCCAUCGACCGACGCUCUCGACGAGCUCAAACAACGUGACGCUGCCGAGCAUGAGAACAAUGGAGGAGCUGUCACGACAGCAGUCGACGCCGUCCCCUCACUCCAUGAACGCUCCUCUAGCCCAUGCGCCGCCCACCACGUCGUACUAUUCACAUCAGACCAUGGCCGCAGCGCCGCCGCCGCCGCACUACGCUGGUGGCCCUCAGGACGCCUUGGCGCGCUAUCCGCUGCCUCACGACCCCCGGAUGUCAGGCACUCGUGGCCCCAAAAAGGAGAUCAAGCGCCGAACCAAGACUGGUUGCUUAACGUGUAGAAAACGAAGAAUCAAGUGCGACGAGACGCAUCCCACCUGCAACAACUGCAAGAAGUCGAAACGCGAGUGUCUAGGUUACGAUCCCAUUUUCAGACAACAGCCGGGUCAGCCAGGAGCCCCUCUUCAGCACAGUCACUCUGCUACGGGCUCCCCUACUGGUGCCACCACACUGCCCGUCUCGCCUGCGACGCGCCAUAUCAACCAUAUCAACUCGUACGGCAGCCAGCCAGCCGUCAUCCCGAACGCAUAUACCUCGAGCCCCAAUCUGCAGGCCACGUCUGUGCAUACUCCUUCUCCUCAGCUGAAGCCAGAGCCUCACUACGGGUAUCCACCUGCUUCUCAACCGUCAGGUAGAUAUUACACAGCUACAGCCUACGAAACGCCAAGAAGCCUUGAUCCCAAGCACUUGCCGCCUCCUCACGCCAUCUCUCCUGCGCAUCCCCCAACGCAGAACAUGAAGAUUGACGACAUCAUAGCCCUGCUCGGCCCCGCGCUGCCAGCUCAAUCGAUUAUCCAAAAUGAGGCUACAUUGAGCGAAGUCACCAAGGUGUAUCACGAAAUGUACGCCUCCAGUCUUGCCUCCUUCUUCGAAACGACUUGGUACUAUUUCGCAGAAAACGGCCAAAUGUCCUUCCCCCGCGAUGGACGACUAGUCGAAUAUAUGGCGUCAUUCCUGAAGACGUUGGAGGCUGUCAAGGCGAACGAUCACACCCAGAUGGCGUACUCGGGAGUCUUGGAGACGAGACUUGUCUGGGAGCUGGCGCGUAGCGUGUACCAAACUCCAGAGAAGGCGGUCGGCGCAAUGCGCCUGUCAUUGCCUGCAGAAGGUGAUGCCGCCGAAGCCAGAGGCCGCGUUCGGGUCGUCGAGGCGCUGCUUUCCGGAGAGUAUCUCACUAAUAAUCCACUCUCUCCUCCUGUGGCCGACUCCGACAACCAACGAGCUCGCCAAUUCGACUUUUGGUACAGCCUGGCGGACUUUGUUCGCCAGCGCGAGAAUCCCGAUUCACCCCAGGCUGUCAAGGCGCGAGAAGAAGUCAUCAACCGCAUGCGCCUUGUGCUCGACGGACGCGAAAACCGAGACUUGCUCUACUCGAUUGCCGUUGCUCGUGAGCUCGCUCCCAGCUUUGGCCCAACCUACGGAACUACGCCCCAGCACAUCGAUGAAGCCGAUCCCAAGAGCAGAUUGGCAGUGGCAUCCAAGUUCAUCCUUGACGAAUCGCACUCGCCUGGUGGCACAACCAACGUGGUGCGCCGUUUCAGCGACAUAGCCUCCCGGGCUUUUGUCAAUCCGGGAGUGAAUGUCCUUCGCAGGUCUUGAGCCAGCGACAUGAUAUAUCCCUCCUCCCACCCAUCCUACUCACUCUGGCAGCGAGAGAAGAUGCUUAUACCAUCUUCUCCCACUGUUUUGUAUAGCUUUGAACCAUUUUUGCUUUUGGAAAUACCGGAGAGGCGUUUUACUUGAUUAAUUUUGGGCCCCGUGAAAAAUUGUUUGUAUUCUCGGCGCAAAACACAAACUACUUAAACUACAGCAUCUGGCGUUUUUGAUCUGUUGGCAAUGCAGCAAGCAGCGCUGUGGCAGAGACGCGCUCUUUCCUUUGUGAAGCUACUACUGCCACACGGCUUUGGGAGGCGGGCUUCUACAGGAAAAAGAAGAUUGAUAUUUUUUCCUCGUUUUACAUAUAGGUCAUUUGGGAAGGUGGUUGGCAUUCUGAAUUUCUUUGUUACAUUUUGUUCACGUUUUGAGAUCGCUUUUUGUAUCUAGUAGAAAAAUGAUAGGAAGUAGACGAGACGGAACUGUGGCGGAAUCAAAAACAGAUUUCAAGAGGCUUUAAUGUUUGCCUUUAACUCUUGGCUUUCAUAUAUAUUCAUGGGUUCAUUCGCUUUCGCUGCACUUUGCCUUUUGCUAUGUACAUAUAGAUAGAUGUGUGUGUUUGUUGGCGCUUUCUAAUCGUCAAAGUUGCCAAACCACAGACCGUCAUCAGGGCGCAUCCCGCUCGUCACGCCGUCUAGCUUACACAUGGCCUUCAUGUUCUGGCCGCCCACGCCUCUCUUACGAACCUCGUCGCCCUGCACGAGGAACUGCAUCAGCAUGCCGCCCUCUGCGUGCCACGCGUUGUGGCAGUGGAACGCCCACAUGCCCGGGUUAUCCAGCACCACGCGGAUAAUGGCCCAGCCGUAGCCCUGGAUCGUCACGGUAUCGCGGCGCAGCGGGUUCACGCCGAGCUUAUGCUCCUUGAGGUAUGCAUUAAGGUCCUUGGCUUCAGGCGGGUAUCCCUUUUCGCCAAUGGCCAUAACGUAGAACUUGUGCCCGUGGAGAUGGAAUGGAUGCGAGCCGUCGUCAAAGUUGUUAAUGGUGAGAUCAACCGUGCGUACAGAUGACGUCUCCAUGACGUACUCCUUGCUCUCGUCAAAGAUGUCGCUGUUGAUGGCGAUGGCGAGAUCUUUCCUGGCCUUUUUCACGGGUGUGUCUACCACGCGGUGCAAGGAUGGCGAUGUAGCGUUCAUAAUCCACGAGUGGUAGUUGAAGUUACCACGGGCUAGGCGCCAGUCGCCAAUGACGAAGCUGGCGUUGAUGCGGAGGGUAUCUGUUGGUGCUGGGACGGUGUGCUCAAUCACGGGGUGGAGGUUGGCAAUGUCCAGGUCGCGGCAUAUAAUCUCGAUGCCUUCUGGCCAUUCGAUGCUCUUGGGCUCUGGGGCCGCACCGGUGGGUUUAGAUCCGGCGUCGAAGUAGCGCACGACGGCGUUGAGCUCGGCGGUGAGACGCUUGUUCUCUGUUGUGAAGCAGUGUGUGACCAUGCGCGUGCGCAUCCAGACGGUGUCGGCUGAGGCGGUCUUGUUCUGCUCGAGAAUCACGCUGUACCGCUGGCCAGGGAGGAUGUUGAGGCGGUGGAACUGGGCGGGGUGGAUGUCGGUCCCGUCGACCUCGGUGACCUGGAAGGAGUGUUCAUCGAAUUGGAUCUGGAACUCGGCAAACGCGCCGACAUUGAUGAAGCGCAGGCGGUGGCGCUUGUCCUUUUCAAGAUCGAGGGUUGGUAGGGCUGGUGUGUGGUCGGUGCAUUUCCAGCCGGGGAAGUCGGCGCACUUGCGCACGCCGCGGCCGUUGAUGAGUGCAUUGUCGGGGACGGGCUCGUCGUUUUCGUUGCCGGAUUUCAGAUAGUUCAUGAGGAGCUCUGACGUCAGGUUGUGGUAGUGAUCCUGGACCAUGAUAAUGCGGUCGGUAUCGUAGUCGAUCUUUUGCAGCUCGCGCUCCUUCUUGGAGUGGAUGAUGAGCGGGCCGAGCAGGCCGUCGGAGGCUUGCGCGCUGUGGUGCGCAUGGUACCAGUAUGUGCCGGACUGGCCGUCGACUUUGAAUUUAUAGCUAAAUUGCGUGUUGGGCGCAAUGGGGCAUUGCGUGAUGCCGACGGUGCCGUCCAUGUGGUUGGUGCCGUUUUGGAAGAGCCCGUGGAAAUGGAUGGACGUUGCGUUGAUGGCCUUGUUGUCGAUGUUGACGACGAUAGUGUCGCCUUCGUUGCAUUCGAUAAGAGGGCCGGGGUAUUGCCCGUUGAUGAGGAUCAUGGGGCGGUAGAUGCCGUCUGGGUUCAGGCCGGCAUUGGCUAUGGUCCAUUUGUACUCGCGUGUUUGUGGUGCGGCGUGGUAGUCCCACGCUUGGUCGAGGAUGUAUUCGGAGGUAUCUCGUAGCCGGGCGCCCAGCGGUGUCACUUCUACAGGCGGUUUUGUUACGGCCUCGUGCUCUGUCUUUUCGGGCUCUGGCUUGUGUUCGGGUUCUGGUUUGGGUGCUGGCGCGUCGUGGCCAUGGCCCAUCUCCAUGCCCAUACCAUCAUGGCCGUGGCCUUUUUCGAGCGGGUGGUUCGGGUCUGCUUUGAUGCCAAAGGGGAUAAGGAUGAGUCCGAAGACGGUGAUUGUAACGAGUAAGAAGAAACCAGCGACUUUCCAGGACGAGCUCUGGCGACGGGGUGUCGGCGUUGCAUUGGAGCGACGAGGAGAGCCGCCGGCGAGGAACGGUUGAUCCUCGAGCUCUGUGUCGUCUCUGGGUGCCAUUUUGGAGUAUAUAUCCGCUUUUCGGCGGUCGAUGGUUAUACACUGGGCAUUUGAGUGUAUAAUUUGAACUUGUUUAAGUGCCGUCGACGGCAGAUGACGAGUGCCGAGU